AUGGUCACACCUCACUUCAUUACGUUUCACCGUACUGUACAGAUCAUACAAACUAUAUAUCCCAGACCGUACAAACUAACACAAAAGUGCCAUACUUACGCUUCACUUCAAUACGUUUCACCGUACUGUACAGAGCUGACACAACUCGCAGAUGCCCUGCCGGCCGGGGUAGACCCAGCUGCAAAAGAAAACUACUUGAGCGAGGAGGACUUUACGACGAUGUUCGCCAUCAGCAGAGCCGAAUACAACGCUAUGCCCAAAUGGAGGCGCAUCCAAAAGAAGAAAAACACCCCCCUCUUCUAA